GUAUAGUUAUUUAUUCUUUUUAGUUAGUUUUUAUUAUUAUAUUAUAUUCUUUUGUGUUUUGGCAGGUCCUGGUGCGAAUGGAGCAAAAACGAGUAAUAUGAAAAUGACCAGCCAGUUGGGCAGAGUAGGAUGCCAGAGACUGAAUUAAAAUUGCCGCCAUUUUUCGUGAUUGGGUCGAGGCCACUUAUCUCUAUUUUAUAAACUCAAGGGACUAAAGUGCAAAAUGUUGAAAGCUAUUUAAAAAUAGGUUACCAAAGAUGAGGGGCUAUUCUUGCAAUAUGCUGAAAAGAUGAAAUUAAUUCCAAUCAUAAAAGAAUCCUUGUUGACCGAAUCUGAAGAGUUUGACUGCCAUCUAUUUUAUUUCUUUGAAUUGGAUUUCUACAAUAACAUGAUGCCUGGCCCAACAUCAAUUUUGUGAUCGCAAAAAGAAGCCCAACUUCGUGAAGAUGGUCCAUUGCGAGACAUGAAUGGCCCAGCAGAAAAGAAUAUUUGGGGGACUUUGGUGGACGAAUAAAAAGAAGCACAAGACAUUAACUGUUGACGACAACUGGAGACGGCAGAAGGAGGGAGAGCCGCACGAGGAUCGACUGGACGUUUGUGAGAGUACCUUUUGCAAGAGAACACGGCUGGGGAAUAAUUCGAUCGAAGUGGAAGCAUAGAGAUCAAGGAUUAACGGUGGAUGCCCCAUACGCGCUCGCAGGGACCGCCGCCGUUGCCGUUUGCACUCAGGUCUUCCUUCUCGUCAUCUACGUUUGAGGUACGUGCUUCUAGCUCUACUUCAUUUUCUGUGUCCACCCCCGUUUUCGGUUUCACACCCAAGCCAUCCCCAUCACCAUCCCGUUCCCGUUCGCCUAGUCCUCCCGCUAUGGCGAAUCGUACCGUUUACCAGCAGGCCACCACCGGCUUCGCCGGUGGUAAUUCCCCCAUCACCCUUCCGGAUAUCCCGAACGAUCGGUCCUGGCAGAUUCCAUCAUACAUUAUGACCGCCAUUGCUAAUUCAUGCCAGUUCCACGGUCGGGAUGACGAGGAUGCCCCCGCGCAUAUCAAUCGCAUCACUCGUCUCUGCAGCACCUUCUCCAUUGAGGGUGUUAGUCUUGAUGCUAGAUACCUCCAGGUUUUCCCAUUCUCACUCGCUGGACGCGCGGCUGCGUGGUUCGAUUCCCAGCUGGCUGGCACUUUUACUACUUGGGCACGUCUCCGCGAUGCAUUCUUAGCCAAGUAUUUUCCGCCAGCAAAGGCGUCUCGCCUUCGUGACCAGAUUCAUUCUUUUCGCAUGGAGCCAGAUGAGCCAUAUCAUCUAGCUUGGGAGCGUUUUCAGACCCUGCUAUCCCGUUGCUCUCAGCACGGGUUAUCUGAUUGGGCUUUAGUAGAAAAAUUUUAUAAUGGUCUUACUCCUGAGAUUAGGGCUCGUUUCGAUACCUCGGCAGGAGGUCAGCUUAUGGGUAAGAAAACAGUAGCAGAGUGUAACGAUUUAUUUGAGAGUUUUGCCCACUCCGAGAUGGACUACAGCGCUACCAGCAGGACUUCCAUUCCUGUUCAUACCACCUCGGCCGAUCGAGGGGUAAACCAAGUUAGCUUGGAUUCAUCGGUAGCUGCUGCAGUCGAGAGAGUGAAAGAGAGUUUGAGGCAGGAGUGGAGGCAUGAGUUGAGUGAAAUACAGAAAAAGGUUAAUAGGUGUGAGGUUUGUCGUGGAGGGCAUGAUACUAUAGAGUGUCCCACUCUCACUCUUGAGCAGGUGGAGUACAUAGCUGACCAGUCUAGGGGUCCCUUCAAUAAUUCUAGUGGUUAUCGUUCGGCUGGGAAUCCUCCUGGAUUUCCAUCUGGUCAGUAUCAGAGUAGAGGGCCGGGUAUUUAUACUAGUUCUAAUUCGGGGCAGUUUAGUGGGUCAGGAUCGGGUGGUCAGCCUGCGAGUGGGGGAGCGUCGGAGAGUAGUGUGAGUAGGCUAGAGGAGAUGUUCGCCAGGUUUAUGACUCAGCAGGAGGCGUUCAUGAAAAAUCAGGAGCAAAUUAACAAAAACAACGAGCUCCAGUUCAAGAAUCAGCAAGCCGCCCUCCUCGAUCUCCAGAGGUCAGUGGGCGGGCUUGCUAAGCAGUUACAGGAGCACCCACCGGGUCAGUUUUCGGGGAACACUUUCCCGAAUCCUGCGAAUCAUUCGGUAAAUGCUGUUACUACCCGUAGUGGGGUGAGUCUAGGAGAGGUUGUGAGAGAGAGUGUUCCUGUUGAGAGUGAUGAGGAGGUCGAUGAGGAGAUUGAGUUGGAGGCCCCAGGCAAGGUGCAACAUAGGCUAGACCCAGCAAGUACCGCACACGCCGAGGAGCCUCCCGUAGAGAAGAGAGUAGGAAAGCAGCCGGUUAGGGUUAGGUCACCGCGAGAGGUUGACAUUUCUCGUCUUCCAUUUCCCGCCCGAGCUAGGCAGCAGUCGUAUGUUAGGGAGUAUGAGAAGUUUCUUGAGAUGUUCACCCAGCUGAAGGUGAACCUCCCGUUCAUAGAGGCAUUGAGAUCGAUGCCGAAAUACGCCAAGUUCCUUAAGGAUUUCCUUAAGCGUAAGGAUAGGAUAGGUGAGAGUUCUAGUGGCCCAUUGAGAGGAGAGUGCUCUUCAGUGACUUUAAAUAAACUCCCCGAAAAACUCACCGAUCCGGGCGUAUUUACGAUCCCUUGUUUGUUUGGUAGUGGCGUGGAAAACCACGCAUUGGCAGACUUAGGCGCUAGUAUAAAUUUAAUGCCAUACUCAUUUUACGAAAAACUAGGCCUUGGUGAGUUGAAGCCAUCUCGUAUGACCCUGUCGUUAGCGGAUAAGUCGGUUAAGUAUCCUAGGGGGGUCGUAGAAAAUUUGUUGGUGAAAGUGGAUAGGUUUGUCUUUCCGGCCGAUUUCGUAGUGCUAGAUAUGGAGGCCGAUGAGAAGGUUCCACUUAUUUUUGGGCGCCCGUUUUUGAAUACCGCCAAAGCGCUUAUAGAUGUUUUCUUAGGUACAAUUACACUUAGAGCGGGCGACGAGUCAGUGGUUUUUGAGGUGAAUAAGAUGAGAGGGUCGGGAGAUCGAGUCAAUGCGGUAUUGGUAGUGGAAGAGAGUGACACAAGUGGGGGUAGUAAGGUUGAGAGUGGUCCGAAUUUAGAAAAUGUGCUAAAACCCAAGUGUGGGGACCCACCCGAUAGGCGAUUAGAGUGGAUAGAGGAGAGAUUGUUUAGGUUGGAAUCAAGGUUCGAACCGCCGAGUGGAGAGUCGAGAGUUUGGGGAAGCUACGUGGAAGCUAAGGAUAUUACGGGUGCUUUUAACGAUAGUAGUGCUACGGCCCGUACGAGUCGAUUUGGAGGUGAGCUCCGCCUAUUUGAUCCUCCGUAAUUUUGUGGACAGUUGGGGUUAGUUGUAGAGUUUGUAUAGUGAGUCGUUGUCCGUGUCGUGUCGCUAGUUUAGGUGUCUUCGCGUCAUGUGUCGUUAUUUGUGUUUUUGUGUCUGUUUUGUGUUUUGUCUAGUGUUUUGCAGGUUGCAUCACCUUUGCGUGGCCGAGAACGACACCCGAGCAGCAUCACAGGUUCAUUCAUUUUCCGCUUUCACCAUCAUCCAUUCCACCAGUACCAUUCGGUUCAGGUCGACGUUCAGGUAUGUUCCCUGCAUAUUGUUGUUGUUGUAUUUGAGUCGGUUGUUCCGGGUUAAUUUCCAUCUUAAGUGUGGGGAAACGGGUUGCAUAUUUUUAAGGCAUUAAAAUGUGAUUUUUCACUAAAGAGUUGACCCGUUUUCCUUUGCAUCCACACUUUGGUUAGGUUUGGCACUUAGUUUGUUCGAGGGCGAGCAAAGUGCCAGGGGGAGGUAACAUGGAAAUUCGGUGGUGUAAUUGUGAGUCUUUUAUUUUGUACCAUGCGUCUAAGUUAGUAGUUUUUGAGUCUUUUUAUGUUUCGAGUCGGUAUUGCUUUGGUAUUUUGCUUGUUUUUGUUGAUGCAGAUUCGAAUACGUACCACCCGUACUCAAUCUCCAUUCGGGUGAGUUUGGAGCUGUCUAUUCAAAUUUCGGGCAUUUAUCGGGCAUGCUAGUUAGAGUCGAGCCGAUCGCGAACGAAAUGCUAUACGAUCGAGCUGGAUUGGACAAGAGUUUUGGAGCUUAGGCGAUAAUUUACCAGCUAAGUCCUUUCCAUUUGUACACUUGUUUAUUUAUAUAUAUUUUUUUUUUUUUAGGAGUCCGGUUUCCAUCCUUGCAUUAGGGACAAUGCAACAUUCAAGUGUGGGGAUGGGAACUUAUAGUUAGUGAGUCAUAAAUGGAGAAAAACACAAAAAAAUUAAAAAAUUGAAAAAUCCAAAAAAAAAAAAUUGAAAAAAAUCAAAAAACG